GUCUGAAAUGAACCUAUGACAAAUGAGACAAGGUACUUUGACUAUCACCUGGAAAUUGAUGUUUUGAAGAUGGCCCCCACACGUAAAGGUGAUAAGAAGAAGUCCCCUAUGAAUGAAGUUAUCACCAAGGAAGUGACUAUACAUCUCCACAAACGCAUCCAUGGAAUUGGGUUUAAGAGGAGGGCACCCCGUGCCAUUAAGGAGAUCCGUAAGUUUGCAGAGAAGAUGAUGGGAACUCCAGAUGUCCGCGUAGACACACGACUCAACAAACAUGUGUGGUCUCAGGGAGUCAGGAAUGUCCCCUACAGGGUGAGAGUGAGGUUAGCAAGGAAGCGUAAUGAAGACGAGGAUUCCCCCCACAAACUCUACACACUAGUGACCUAUGUGCCCUGCACUGACUUCAAAAAUACCCAAACCAUCAAUGUAGAAAAUGAAUAAAGUAUUUGGGGACAAUAAAGAAACUUCACAGUAAUUUA